CCUCAAGCCAUUUCCACUGGGCCUCCUCAGCCUUUGAGUUCAACCCAGUGUGGUGGGAAGCACUUCUCAGUGGAAAUUGGGGAAGUUGCUCCCUCUGGCAGCUCUCCAAGUCUCCCUGUGCUUUCUCCAGGUGCCAGGUUUUGUUAGGAACAUGCAUCAGAGGCUCAUGUGCAAUGAGCCUCCAGAUGACAGGCUGUUCAUGGACAUCCUGAGACUGACUGAUGCCCACCCCACUGAUGUUGCAGUGACCCUCCUGCGCUGUGCCCCAUCAUGUGAUAGAGGUGCUGCAAUCAUGUGGAAAACCAUAGCGUCAUCAGGAACAACACUGGACAAGGUGCUGCCAUCACUGCUCUGUGUGAUGGAUGGCUGGCCACAGCAGAGAAUGUACACCUCCGAUGGGGACAAUAGGGAUGUAUUUUCCCUGGCUGCAACCAGGGUGGUUUGGGAGAUUCUCCGCCUGCCCUGGUGCCCAGAGCCAUUUAUGGAAUAUUCCCCCCAUCUCGUCGUGGCUCUGCUCUUCCAAAUUUUCAUCAGUACAGAGCAGGUGCCAGAGGAGGUCGAUAAUAUGUGGAGGACAUGUCAGGAGGAACACGGCCUUUCCACAAGCAUCAACAGGUUUGCAAUGCAGACUUUAAGGGCGCUGUUCCACCAUCUGCAGUGUGCGGAUUUACUGGUUGCAAUGGAACGCAAGUGUGGUUGGGACACACUGCUCUGUGUUGACACCCACCACUAUGCUGUGGGUCUGCUGGCCAGGUGAGAGCCCCUUCUGCCCACUGCCCCUGUCAUUUGUGCCCAGGGUGCCCUACACAGUUCCCAUGGUCAUGGGCCAGAGAGCCUUGUCACAA